AUGGAGGACUCGCAAGCAAUUCUCUGCCACAUCUCUUUGCUCAAGGACAUGCUCGAUCAGGUGAACGAAGAAAUCGAGUCGAACAUCCAGAUAACGCGAGAGAUCGAGUCCGAGAUCGUGAAGUGCUCGGAGAUCGAAAAGGCUUUGGCCGCCAGACAGUCAGACCUCACCAAGACGCUUUACUUUUCUCAGUUCGAGAUCAACGGUUUGCUCGUCCUCGCUCAGGGUUCAAAAAACUCGGUGGAAAAUUUGGACAAGCAAAUCAGUAGUUUAAGGAUGGAGAGGGACGAGAUUCUUAAGAGAAUCAAUGCCAAGCAGGAAGGGUUUAUGAACCAAUCCCUAGAAUUCCAGAGAGAUAUUGACAGUACUGAUGAUCUAAGGACUAUGCUAUCAGAGAAAGUGUUUCUUGAGAAUGAAUAUUCUCAAUUGGAUAAGAAGACGAACAUGUUAAAGACUUCAAUGCAGAUUUAG